AUGCCGACUGACCACCUCUGCAUACGACCUUCGCUGAACUCCCUCCUUAUCUCCUGGUAUCUUGCUCAGUUUCUUUUGGAGCUGUUGUGUGUCUCUGACACCUUUGAACCUCACGAAGCCAUAUCUCCUUCCUUGGCUGUUUCGUCUCUCGGGUAUGAAAACUUCACGCACAUCUCCGCUCUGUUUGAAAUGGAGCCAAAGAUCUUCUGUAGUUGCACCUUCGGGGAACCUGGUGAAGUAGAACGUGGUGACAUCCUUAUGAUCUCUCCAAUUCUCUCGCGUGUAGGUGUCCUUUGUUGUUUACAUGCUCGUUCCUUGCCUCCUUAUGUGAAAGCCAUCAAUUGGAACACCUCCCACAGCUUUGUUCAAAACAACCCCCUCCUUUCUCUCUUGGAAAGGUGCAAGUCAUUGGACCAGUUAAAGCAAAUCCAGGCUCAGACGGUCUUGACUGGCUUGGUUAACGAUGGCUUUGCCAUGAGUUGUCUUGUUGCAUUCUAUGCUUUAUUGGAAUCGGGAUACGUGGAAAGCGAGGACUUGGAAGGAACUGGUCUGUUGUACAAGAGGAUGUUGCGAUGUGGUGUUUUGAAGCCGGAUAAUCUCACUUACCCUUUGUUGAUCAAGGAUUGUUCUUGUCCAUCUAUGAAUUGUGUUGGUUUUACAGUACUUGGGCAUGUGUUGAGGUUGGGUUUUGAAUUUGAUAUAUUUGUGCACAAUGCGUCAAUCACUAUGCUACUUUUGUAUGUAGAAUUGGAGGCAGCAUACGAUGUGUUCAAUAAAGGUUGUGUGAGAGACUUGGUAACAUGGAAUGCAAUGAUUACUGGGUGUGUUAGAAGAGGACUAGCUAAUGAGGCUAAAAGACUCUACCGGGAAAUGGAGGCAGAGAAAGUGAAACCAAAUCAGAUUACAAUGAUUGGGAUUGUCUCUGCUUGUUCUCAAGUGCAGGAUUUGAAUCUUGGCAGGGAGUUUCAUGAUUAUCUCAAAGAACAUGGCCUUGAGUUGACAAUCCCACUCAAUAAUUCACUUAUAGACAUGCAUUUGAAGUGUGGAGACCUGUUGGCUGCAUGGGUUCUAUUUGCUAACAAGGCAUAUCAGACCCUUGUUUCAUGGGCUACAAUGGUUUUGGGAUAUGCCAGAUUCUGUUUCUGGGUGUUGCUCCCGAGCUUUUGCAUAGAAUUCCAGAAAAGAGUGUUGUGCCUUGGAAUGCAAUCAUUAGUUGUUGUGUCCAAGCUAAGAAUGGUAAAGACACAUUCAAUCUAUUCAAUGAAAUGCAGAUUAGGAAAAUAG